CAAUGUAUUUUUUAUUUGUUUUUAAUAAAAUAAACACAUCCCAAAACUGCUACUGGUUAUAAAAAUAGACGCGCAAGAUGUCGACCCCCGAAACACAGGUUUCUAGUUUGCCUAUGCCGCCGGAGCGGUACAUCAGCAACUACACGGAGGAGAACAUAAGGAGAAAUCGGGCACCGCGGCCGCCACCACCGCCAUCACAACAUGAAGUGUACAGCAUGUUUGGCAUACAGUACAACAACGACGAGAUGAUACGCUCUCUAGAAUCGCAGAACAUUAAACGUCUCAUACCCAUUCACUUUGACCGUCGGAAGGAGCUCAAGAAGCUGAAUCACUCGCUGCUCGUCAAUUUUUUGGAUCUUAUUGACUUUUUGAUAUUAAAUCCAGACAGUCCCAGGCGUACAGAGAAAAUUGAUGACCUGAGUCUGCUCUUUGUAAAUAUGCAUCAUUUAUUGAAUGAGUUCAGACCCCAUCAGGCUCGCGAAACUUUGCGUGUGAUGAUGGAAAUGCAGAAGAGGCAACGCGUGGAGACGGCCACGCGUUUUCAGAAGCACUUGGAACGUGUUCGUGAUAUUGUCAACAGCGCCUUCUCUGCACUGCCCACGCUAUUUGACGAGGAUGAAAAUGGCGGCGCAAAAGUCAAAAUGGAAGUGGAUCCCUUGGAUUCAAAUGCGGCGGCUAAAAACGAUCCCAGCUAUCAGCAUGAUCGCAUGAUGUGCAAGCUGGUGGAUGCCAUUGACUGAGACAUAUACAUCUAUAUAUAUAUAUAUAUAUGUGCUGGAGAGAUAUAUUGUCAGUCUUGCAAAUUUGCCUAGGCUUACCUGAAAUAUAUAUAAAAAGAACUGUACCAUAAUUACAUGUAUAAGAAAUA